ACAUAUUUCUCAUUCCACACACCACUUUUUCUUCUCUCUAACAUUUCUCCAAAGCAAAGUAAAAAUGGCGUUUUUUGGUCUUUUCUUGGUUGGGUUUCUCGCAAUGGUGUCCCAUGUUAACGGCGACGGCUGGGUCAACGCCCACGCCACCUUCUACGGCGGCGGCGACGCCGCCGGAACAAUGGGCGGAGCUUGUGGGUAUGGGAAUCUGUACAGCCAAGGGUACGGUACAAACACUGCAGCACUGAGUACAGCUCUGUUCAACAAUGGGUUGAGCUGCGGCUCUUGCUAUGAGAUCAGGUGUGUCGGCGAUAAGAAAUGGUGUCUGCCGGGAUCUAUUCUGGUGACGGCGACCAAUUUCUGCCCGCCGAACAACGCCUUGCCCAACAACGCCGGCGGGUGGUGCAACCCUCCCCUCCACCACUUUGACCUCUCUCAGCCUGUCUUCCAACACAUUGCUCAGUACAAAGCCGGAAUUGUCCCUGUUUCUUACCGGAGGGUGGCUUGUAUGAGAAGAGGAGGGAUAAGGUUCACCGUUAACGGACACUCGUACUUCAACCUAGUACUCAUCACCAACGUCGGCGGCGCCGGCGACGUACACUCGGUCUCCAUCAAGGGUUCAAGAACAGGGUGGCAGCCGAUGUCGAGAAACUGGGGCCAAAACUGGCAGAACAACGCCAAUCUCAACGGCCAGAGCCUCUCCUUCAAAGUCACCACCAGCGACGGCCGCACCAUCAUCUCUAACAACGCCGCUCCGGCGGGCUGGUCGUUCGGGCAGACCUUCUCCGGCGCUCAGUUCCGGUGAACCGGGCAUAAAAAAAACCGGGUUUUACUUUUUUAAGUUUUUUAGUUCCAAAAAAAUUAUAUUAUUAGAAAUACAUAUAUAAUGGUCACAGGUAUUAGUAAUGUGACUGAUUAUGGUAGGAAUUUAAUGUUUAGGGGUCAAAAAUGAAGGGGACUAAUUUUAAAUGGUCCUUUUUGUUAUUAAGAGCGGAGCGCAACUCAAUUUAUGAGGGGCUUUUCUCUUAAUUAAUUAGGUUUAUUAUUUUUUGUUUUCUUUUUUAUUAUUGGGCUUUGAAUUGGGCUUUCUGUUGUAAGGCAGAAGGUGGCUGAGGUGGAUGUGUCAUCACCCGCUUUGUAGUAUUAUCACUACUACUUCGAAUGGUGCUUUUUUUUGCUUUAUUGGGUUGGUUUUGUGUGUUAAGAAAGAUUUAUUUUUAAUUUUA